AUAAGAAAGACUAAAAGAAAAAGAGAAAAGAACAAGUUGCACUGUGUACAUAUAUUAUUUGCAAUUUCGGUGAUGAGUAUCAACCUCUGACCUCAGCCGUCAGCACCAACGCCAGACAUUAAUUGGUUAAGAAACAAAAGCCAGAGCCAAGUCGUGAUGGCUAUAUAAUGGAGGGACUGCAAAAUCUGGACCUUGGUACAUAGCGUUAGACCUCCAAAAAGAAAAAAAUACGCCAAGGAUUUGACUAACAUCAUCGAUACAUGCACUAUCUAAAAGAAGAAAUAUAGCUAAAACUUAGCUGCCACGUGACAGUUUCCUAAAGAAAGCAAUUGAGAAAGUCCUAUAUUAGAGAGAGUGGCAAGUGGCUUAAUCAAGUAGAGCUUUGCAGGCCGUAGACAUUAAAUAAAACCAGAAGACCACAAAUCUAUGGGAGACAGAAAACACUCUUAAUCUAAAGUUUAUUAUACGGUGAUAUUCAAUGGACAUUAUAGUCUUUGUAUAAACAAUAAAAAGAUUACCAGAGUCUCGUACAGAGGUGUAUAGUUUGAGAAUUUCUUCCCUUCUUUGAUAACAAACUCUGUGCAACAGAUAAUGGGAAAGGCAAGCAGAUGGAUCAGGAACUUUCUGAUAGGAAAAAAAGAGGAUAGGAAGAAGAAUGAUGCUUCAUUUUCUGUUGAAAGUCAAACUACCAAGUCGGAAAGCGUACCGGGGACUCCAAAAGUUAAGAGGAAGUGGAGCUUUGGAAAAGCAUCAGGCAAAGAGGCAACCCACAAGUUUUCCAAGUCAUUUGAUUCAAUUGACCCCAGUAAACUUCCAAUUCAGGCUGUGGCAAAAUCUGAGUCUCAGAAGAGUCAUACCAAGGCAAUGGUAGCGAUACGGGGCCAAAUUGAAUAUGCUGCUGCUACCAAGAUUCAAUCUGUCUUUCGCUCUUAUCUGGCAAAGAAAGCAUUACAUGCUUUAAGGGGACUAGUCAAGUUACAAGCAUCGGUGAGGGGUCACCUUGUGAGGAAACAAACAACUGAUAUUUUGAAGCGCAUGCAUGCAUUAAUGGCAAUCCAGGUUAGAGCUCGUGUUCAGAGGAUCCAAUUGGCAGCAGCAGAGGAAGCACAAUAUGUUGUUAAAACUCGAUCAUCAUUUCAUAAGGGGUUCAUUCCAGAGACAGGAGUUAGAGCAUUGCAAAGAGACAGAAACAAAUUGGAUACAAAUCCCAACGAAACACGUUUAGUAUCAAAAAGUUCAAGUGGCUAUCUAAAUCAUUCUCAAAUGGAAAGGAUAGACACUACAAUUAAUAAUUCUGGACAUCUUUCAAUCUCAAAACGACAUCAGUACGAGGAACAUAGCUUCAGAACAGCAGAAAACCCAACGAGAACCUCUUUCAUCCAUCAACAGCCUAAUUUUCCAAACCCCACUGCCUGUAAUGACCACUAUUCAUUCUUACCAAAUUACAUGGCCAACACAGAAUCAUCAAAGGCUAAAUACAGGUCACAGAGUGAACCAAAGCAAAGACCGAAAUGGAACAACAUGAAGCAAAAAACAAAACAUACAGAAAUAAUGGAUGCUAUUGAUAUCUCCAUGGAUGAUCAAAUUCUGAAACCUUCAAAUUCACAGUUCAGGUUAAUCAAUGGUCUUGAUAAGCAUGAUCCCUGGUUUCUCAAGCUUUAUAAAACUCGAAGAACCGUAAAUGAUAGUAACUAUGAUUCCAUAAGCACGUCAACUGGUCACUCCAACUACUUUGAAUCUCUUGCUGCAUAUGAGGUAGGAAUGUGCUUAGCUUUACUGCAUUGUGCUAAGCUUUGCACUGCCUUUCAAAUGGUUUUCUAAUUCUAAUCCUUUAUGUUGUUGCAGCCCUAUGAGAAGAUGUACUAGCUUUGAGAAUCUACAGAAUGGAUAAAUGGGCAAGGCAUUAGAAGAAAUAGGAUGGCCUGGAUUACUCGAUUCUUUCUUGUACAAUGUCAAUUGCUGGGCUACAAUCAUAGAAAUAUUUGAAGUUCUUUUUUUCU